UUCUUUAAUUUAUUAAUAUCUUGAGUAAUUUAAUUGGAACUUCCUUCUCAAACAAUUUUCAACGCCAUCUCCAAUUUGAUCAUAAAACCAGCCCGCCAUUUCCCCUACCUCCCCCAAAAUCCUUCUCUCUCUCUCUCAACCAUGGAGUUUCUCACUCUGCUAGCCUCCCUACUCCUCACAUCAUUCAUAAUCAAACUCACUCACUCACUCAUAUGGGUCCCACUCCAAAUCCAACGCCACUUCCGCAACCAAGGCAUAACCGGGCCGGCCUACCGCCCGUUCUUCGGCAACUCGGCCGAAGUCCGUGUGCGCAUGAUCGCCGAAGCCGAAUCGCGGCCGCUAUCCUCAUUCACCCACGACGUCGUGAGCCGCUCGAUUCCCCACUACUACAACUGGUCAGCGGUUUACGGGAACCCUUUCCUGUACUGGUUCGGGCCGAGGCCCCGUUUAGCCGUGUCCGACCCGGAUGUGAUCAAGGAGAUUUUGUUGAAUACGGGUGGGUCGUUUGAGAAGAUCCCGCGUAACCCUUUGGCUGGGCUGGUGGGGGGAAAAGGGCUUCUUGGGCUUACGGGUAAGAAGUGGGCCCUUCAUAGGAGGAUCACUAGCCAAGCCUUUAACAUGGAGAGAGUUAAGGGUUGGGUGCCGGAAAUGGUUGCCAGUGUUGCGAAGAUGCUGCAGAAGUGGGAGGAAGAAAGAGGAGGGAGGGACGAAUUCGAGUUGGAAGUGAACAGAGAACUCCAUGACCUUUCAUCGGAUAUAAUAUCUCGGACUGCUUUUGGAAGCAGUUUCGAAGAGGGGAAGCGAAUUUUUGAAUUAUUAGACCGCCAAUGGAGUCUUGCGUUGCUGGCUUUGAGGAGUGUUUACAUUCCUGGAUUCAGGUUUCUGCCCACCAAGAAGAACAGAAUGAGGUGGCAGUUGGAGAAGGAAACUCGAGAAUCAAUAAGGACACUCCUAAUCAACAGCAAAACCAGAGAAAAUUCGAAAAAUCUCCUUUCUUUGUUACUGUCCUCCCACAGGAAUCAAGACGGCGUAGAAGAGAGAUUGGGAGUCGAGGAAGUAAUCGAUGAAUGCAAAACCUUCUAUUUUGGAGGAAUGGAUACCACUGCUAAUCUUUUGACUUGGGCACUUCUACUUCUUGCAUUGCAUCAGGAAUGGCAAACCAAGGCGAGGGAAGAAGUGUUCUCCGUUUGCAGGGAAUGUGAGGUCCCAACUGCAGAGAAUUUGAAUGACUUCAAGAUUGUGAGCUUGAUACUAAACGAAACACUUCGGCUCUACCCACCGGCCGUGGCGCUCACGAGGCAAACCUCGAAAAGCGUAAAGCUAGGAACGCUCGACGUCCCGGCCAAUACCCAAUUCUACCUGGCCACGGCGGCGGUACACCAUGACACUGAGCUAUGGGGACCAGAUGCUAACGAGUUCAACCCGAUGAGAUUCACUGAGGCUCGGAAGCAUUUCGCCUCAUUUUUCCCAUUUGGUUUGGGUGCCAGGAUUUGCGUAGGCCAGAAUCUUGUCAUGGUGGAGGCGAAGGUUGCAUUAGUUAUGAUUAUCAGACGGUAUUAUCUCUCCGUAUCGCCGUCAUACGUUCAUGCCCCUACUCUGUAUGCAUCACUGCAGCCUCAGCAUGGUGCACAUAUACUUCUCAGGAGGGUUUAAUUGUAAGGUUUUACAAGUGAAGUGACACUUUGAUCCCAACUGAAAAAAAUUGGGUUUAUCAAGUCUGCAAUGUUUAAAACGUGCAUUUAAAUGGUCCCUGGAGCUAACUCUCUCGAACUUCAUCGCCGAACGUGGAUUACUGACCAGAACAUACUCCUUUGUUUAGAAUGUAAUAUAUCCUGUAAAGUUUUCUCAUUAGGUUAUGAGAGUUGGGCUGAUGGUAGGUUUAGUUCUUGGUGCCAGACUGCCUGUGUGUACUGUCUAGUGUGUUGUGGUUUCCCCUUGUUGGCUUGAAAUGUGUCCUUUUCUUGUAAAAGUGCUCUCAUCUGGUUCAAUUUUCACUUACUUAUUUUGUUG